AUUUGAUUGUUAGGCGUCUCGGACCUUGAAGUCGCACACUGGCGGUUUGUUUUUUUUUUCGGUUCACUGCAGGGAUACAGAGUUUAUGCAGCGCUAGUUUCAAAUACACCUUGAUAUUUCCUGUAGAUGAUUCGUGCCAUACUUAUUAUUAAUAACCAUGGAAAACCAAGAUUAAUAAAGUUUUAUGAGCACUAUGUAUGUUUAAAUUAUUGUUUACUGUAUCUCAAUCACAGAGUGAAGAUGAACAACAGAAAAUUGUCAAAGAAGUUUUUCAUUUGGUCUCGAGAAGAGAUGAUGAUGUUUGUAAUUUUUUAGAAGGUGGCACACUAGUUGGUGGACAAGAUUAUCGAUUAAUUUAUCGUCAUUAUGCAACAUUGUAUUUUGUAUUUUGUGUUGAUUCAUCUGAAAGUGAACUUGGCAUAUUGGAUUUAAUUCAAGUAUUUGUUGAAGCUUUAGAUAAAUGUUUUGAGAAUGUUUGUGAACUUGAUUUGAUUUUCCAUGUAGAUAAGGUACACUACAUACUGAAUGAACUUGUAUUGGGUGGAAUGGUAUUAGAAACUCAUAUUAAUGAAAUUACUCAUAGAUAUGAAGAACAACAAAAACUAGAGAAACAAGAGUCUGGAUUAUCCGGAGCGCCAGCUCGGGCUGUUUCAGCAAUGCGUGAUUUAAAUCUUCAUCAGAAAUUCAAGGAAAUACGUUUUCCAGAUUUACAAUCAUUGCAAAACAGACUAUCACGUUGACAUUUCUUUGUAUAUGUGCUUAUUCUUUGUUUCGUUUUAUCUGUUUGUUAUGUAUUAAUUAAUAAUUUCAUAUGUGACUUUACAAAAUUACCUAUUUGUCUCUUGUUCAAACUUCUUUUUUUAUUUCCGAAAUUAUAUUUGCUGAUCUCCGUGUAUCUGUUCAUUCAAAUUUUUUGUCGAGAUCAUAGGAGUAUGCUGUACUUAAUGGGUGUUGUUUUUCCAGAACUAAUAAAUUUUAUUUUCAUAGUA